AUGGCGUUCGCCGGACGGGACCCCGGGCCCUCACGGCCCGCUCUCCUCAUCCUCCUCAAGACGCUAUCGCUGCUCGUGCUCCUCACCUUCUCCUCCGCCGCGCCCCCGGCGGCGUCGUCUCCCGCGGCUGUGCACAACAACAACUGGGCCGUGCUCGUCUGCACAUCCCGCUUCUGUGGGUUCAGGUUCAGUGUGCCAAAUGUAGCAGUGAGAGGUCUAGAGAAACAAGGGCGUUGCUACUGUAAUGAUGUAAGUUCAGCGAGCACAAGUGUCUUUCGACAGACAUUUUGGUUUAAUUAUAGACAUAUGGCCAACACGCUGUCUUUGUACAGGACUGUUAAGAGAUUAGGAAUACCUGACGAGCGGAUAAUACUUAUGUUGGCGGAUGAUAUGGCUUGUAAUCCUCGGAACAAUUACCCUGCCCAAGUGUUCAACAAUGAGAACCACCAGCUUAAUCUUUAUGGUGACAAUGUUGAGGUUGAUUACCGAGGUUACGAGGUUACAGUUGAAAACUUUUUGCGAGUUUUGACUGGCAGACAUGAGAGUGCUGUACCAAGAUCAAAGCGUCUCUUAAGUGAUGAAGGAAGCCAUAUUCUUUUGUACAUGACUGGGCAUGGUGGGGAUGAAUUUCUGAAGUUCCAAGAUAACGAAGAACUUCAGAGCCAUGAUUUAGCAGAUGCAGUAAAGCAAAUGAAGGAGAAGCAUAGAUUUAAAGAGUUGUUGAUAAUGGUAGAUACCUGCCAGGCUGCUACUCUGUUUUCACAGCUUCAAUCACCUGGCGUUUUGGCGAUUGGUAGCAGCAUGAAAGGGGAAAACUCGUACUCUCACCAUCUUGACUCAGACAUUGGUGUUUCUGUUGUGGAUAGGUUUACCUUCCAUACACUUGCUUUCUUUGAGAAGCUGAACAUGUAUAGCAAUGCUUCAUUGAACAGUCUUUUCAACUCAUACGACCCUUCCAUGCUGCUGUCUACUGCAUAUUAUCGAAUGGAUCUUUACAAGCGUGCCUUAAACGAGGUCCCAGUGACAAAUUUCUUUGGGUCAGUCAUGAAGACUAUCCAUACCGAUUCAGCCUACACAGGCUUCUUAGCUGCACAUGACACAGAAACCCCCCUUCCUACCGGAAAUGAUAUACUUGACCAUGUCAUGUUAGAGGAUGAGGCUAGUGCAAGAAGAUCAGACAUAGAAGAGAUGAAACCAUCAGCAUUGCCGUUGUCAUCGAAGUACCGCGAUGUCUCUCGCCGUUCGUGGGGCAAGUCUGCAGCGGAGAUCCGCGAUGCCUUCACGAGCCGCCGAGGCAAUGCACAACCAAGCGCACUGAUGACGAUCGACUUGCUGGCCAAGCUCAUCGAGGAGGACUCAAACCUCCUCAAUGAGAACCAAGCCUUCUUCGAGUCAGUGGCAGACGAGCACACAGUCAACCGCUUGACUGCCUCCAAGCCAAGAAGAUAUUCAACAAGCUAA